AUGCCAACAGAAGCUAGAGGAGGAUGGACCUUGCAUGGAUCAACAGUGGCUGUGCCAUAUAAGACCGAGUUAGCAAUGGUGUCUUUGUGCAUCACUCAAGCCUUUCCACUCACAGACGACCAAGCACGCCAGAAGAGAGACAAGGUCACUGUCCCAGGUGGGCUAUGUCUUUCACAAUACGGAUGCCCUUUUCGCAUCACUCAGGAAGAUGUGAAGCAAAGCAUUGCGUUUGGAAGAUUAUGGAUGGGCAGUUUCAAGGCCUGCAAAGACUGGAAGAAGAGCACUGGUCCGCGAUGUAAACGAAUCAAACGACGAUCUGUCAUAGCCUCACCCACCAGCGCCCACCGGAAAGAGGACUUUACCACAGAUAAGACAUUACUGCCAAGGCUCAAUCAAAAACAUCAUAUCACAUUAAUCAUUGUGAAUACCACGCACAUUUGA